CAUUCUUCUUUCCGUUAUUGCAUUAUUUUUUCCCCUUUGGAGCAUUUCACUACUUUUACGCUGCACCACUCUCGCUCUUUUCCAUUGAACCGUACUCUGAAUUCUUCAUUGAAGCGCCUUCUGAGUUUUCUCUCCUCUGUUAAAGCAGCUUCUCAGUAAAUAUAUGGGAACUGCUGUUGACACUCAGAACAUGGAAAAUGGCAGGAAGGUGACUGUUAUCUUUGUUUUAGGUGGUCCUGGCAGUGGGAAGGGUACACAGUGCGCCAAUAUUGUUCAGAACUUUGGAUUCACUCACCUAAGUGCUGGUGAUCUUCUACGAGCAGAAAUUAAAUCUGGCUCUGAGAAUGGAACCAUGAUCCAGAGCAUGAUCAAAGAAGGAAAGAUUGUGCCUUCAGAGGUUACAGUUAAGCUUCUCCAGCUAGCUAUGCAGGAAAGUGGAAAUGACAAGUUUCUUAUUGAUGGUUUCCCUCGCAAUGAAGAGAACCGUGAAACUUUUGAAUCUGUUACUGGUAUAGAACCAGAGUUUGUUCUUUUCUUUGAUUGUCCAGAAGAGGAGAUGGAGAAGCGUCUUUUGACUAGAAAUCAGGGUAGGGAAGAUGAUAACCUGGAGACUAUCAAGAAGCGUUUUAAGGUAUAUAUGGAGUCUAGUCUUCCAGUUGUUGCGUACUACAGUUUGAAGGACAAAGUUAGAAAGAUUGAUGCUGCUAAACAAGCUGAGGCUGUAUUUGAGGAUGUCAAAGCUAUAUUUAAUUCAACGACAGAGGAGCACGUUGCUUCUGAGGAUUGCCUAACAUUAUCAAAUACGAAGAUGCCAUAACUAGAGUACUGAGGUGAUUCGCUUUCAAAUUUUGCGGAUCUUCUCUAUUGAUUUUAACCUGGUUGUGUUCUUCUUCAGAAUUUGAGUGCUCAUAAUUCUUGUUGAUGUAUCUUCAUUCUUUUCCAAUUAAAAAUUUAUCCGGGCUUGGACUUCUGUCAGCUGGAAAUGAUUGCUAUAAGAUGAAAUUGGCUGGUACCUGUUAAGUUUACCAAGCUGCACACUUUCACAUCACAAAUCACAAUUGCCUGGGGUGCUUUUUUAUGGGCCUAUGGUAUAACAGUAAUACAGACUACAGUUUUUUUUUUUUUUUUUCUUUUUUUUUUGAAACUUUUGUUUUUAGUACUUUUUAAUUCUUUGACGGAUGUGAUCAAUUUUGUUGCAAAAUACUCUACUUCAUGUAUUCACUCUUUUUCCUUUUGUUGACUUGUGGAAUUUUGGCAAUGUACUGCAAGCCUUUGCUCAUAGAAUGAACUGCAUUGCAUGUUGGUCUCGUGCAGCUUUCUAAUAUACGAUGAUUCUUUUGAUGAUCUUAAUGCCUCAAGUUUUAUAAGCA